AUGGCUGACGCUCCUGAGGUAUUCUCAGGUGAUAGUGGCUUGCAGAACUACAAACCUUCGAAACCAUCUAUUGAUGCUCCUCAGCAACAGCAACAGCAACUCGCAUCCCAAUCGUCCGCAUCUCCAACGUCUUCCUCUGCCCCCGCCAUCUACACACCCCCGGCCCCCUCCACCAUCCCCCUAAUCGCCGCCUCCUGCCCACCCCCUCCCACCCCCGCAUCCAACACCUCCCUCCUCCACGACACCGACGGCGCCUGCGCCUUCCGCUGCACGAACGCCACCUCCCUGUCCCGCCACGGUGCCAACGAGAAUGGCUCGCAGCCGCGGGCCGAAAGAGCAAGCGGGACGCCAAACGCCACCGCCAUAGCCGCUCUCGUCGCCUACUCGUUGCAGGACUGCAUGGACGCGUGCACGAGCAUGAACCAUCUCGCGCGGCAAACGCUCUGUGUGGGGUUCACGAUUCGCGCGGAUCUGGGGUACGCGGUGACGCAUUCGCAGCCGGCAGCGAAUUGCUGGCUGGUGGCGAAUGCGACGGGUAGUGGGGGUUGUGAGAUGUGUGCGAGUGGGCGGUUGUGUAGGGAUGAGGGGUGUGAGGGGGUGUUUUGAGGGGAUAGGGAGAGGAGUUGGGGGCAGGGAGGAUGGCUUACUGCUGAUUUGCUUGGGAGAGACGUGAUCUGGUUUGGAGGAGACUUAGACCCAGACCCUGACGGAGUUUAGGCUCAGAGGGGCAUA